AUGUCAGCCGGCACCACCGCCACGGUGGAGUUCACCGCCUCCAGCCAACGCGUGAAGAUGGUGGACAUGCACCCCAAGGAGCCCAUCUUUAUUUCAUCCCUGUAUUCUGGUGGAAUCAACCUGUACAACUACCAGACGCAGGCGCUCGUCCGCUCCUUCGACACAGGCACGGGUCUUCCAGUGCGCUGUGUCCGCUUUAUUCCCCGCCUGCAGAGCUUUGUGUGCGGCUGUGAUGACAUGAACCUGCGUGUGUUCAACUACAACACAAUGGAGCGAACGAAGAUAUUCCAAGCCCACGACGACUACAUCCGCUGCGUCGCUGUUCACGAGCAGCUGCCACUAGUGCUGACGUGCGCGGAUGACAUGACGAUUAGGCAGUGGGACUGGAGCAAGGGGUGGGCCCUUCAGAUGACCUACGAGGGGCACCAGCACUUCUGCAUGGCCGUCGCUUUCAACCCGAAGGACUCCUCCACGUUUGCCUCCGCCUCGAUGGACUGCACCAUCAAGGUGUGGCGCAUCAACAUUGCGACGCCGAACUACCAACUCGAGGGCCACGAGGAUGGCGUGAACUGCGUCGAGUUCUACCCUCGCGGCGACAAGCCGUACCUACUGAGCGGAUCCGACGACAGGACGGUGCGGUUGUGGGACUACCAGACCAAAGCGUGUCUACAGGUCUUCUCCUUUCACGAGGACAACGUCGCGAGUGUGCUUUUCCACCCGGACCUCCCGGUGAUCUACUCUAUCUCCGAGUCGGACAGCAUUGCCGCCUUCUCCACCGAGACGUUCCGCCUGCUGUACUCGUGCAACCACUCCGACAUGGGGCGCGGGUGGUCGCUGACAACGAAGCGCCACUCGAACAUGCUCAUUGCCGGCUUUGACAACGGCGUCCGGGCCUACAAGGUCGGCGUGGACAAGCCCGUCUUCUCCAUGGACGCCAACGGUCGCGUCCUGGUCGCGACCGGGAACGAGAUUACGCGCAUGGACAUCAAGGCCGUGGGACCGGAGACGCCCGACGGCGAGGUGCUGAACGUUGCGACGAAGGACAUGGGCACCGUCGAGACGACGGCCCGCUCUAUCUUUCACGCCGGAAAUGGCCAGUUCAUCUGCGUUCUCGGCGAUGACAACUACACCAUCAUCUCGUCCCUCUCGCUGCGUCCCAAGUCGUACGGGCAGUGUGUUUCAUUUGUCUGGGGUCCUGAGAGCGGCGCCUACGCCGUCCUGGAGGGCUCGACGACGCUGAAGAUUUACAAGGGUUUCAAGGGGCGCGCCGCACUUUCGCUGCCAGAGGUAGCCAAUAAGCUGUUUGGCGGCCCUUUGUUAGCGGUGCGCACGAGCAACAGCAUCAUGUUCUACGACUGGGGCACGCUCGCACUGAUCCGGCAGAUCGAUGAGACCCCGACUACGCUCGAGUGGAACUCGACGGGUGAGCUCGUGGCGCUCGUCACAAGCAGUAGCGUCUUCCUCCUCAAGUUCAACGGGGAUGCUGUGGCGCAGUACCUCGAGCAGAACACCACGACCGGCGAUGACGGCCUCGACUUCUCCUUCGACCUUGUGGAGGAGCUGGAUGAAAAGGUGCGCGACGUGUCGUGGGUGGGGGACUGCCUUGUCUACAUCAAUCAGGUGCAUCGACUCAACUACUACAUUGGCGGCGAGGUAAACAACAUCGCGGUGCUGAACCGCAACCAGUACCUCCUCGGCUACCUGCCAAAGGAAAACCGUCUCUUCUGCAUAGACAAGGAGAAGAACAUCACGAGCUACCUCCUUCAGGUGAACGCCAUCGAGUACAUGGCCGCCAUCGUCCGCGAGGACUUUGAUAUCGCCAACGUACUUCUCCCCACCAUUGAUGUGAGCCUGCGCGACAAGUUGUCACGGUUUGUCGAGUCGCGUGGGCUGCUGCAGAUGGCACUGGAGAUCGCCACGGAUGACGAGCGCCGCUUCGACAUGGCGGUCCAGCUGAAGCAACUGUCGUUGGCGCACGAGAUCGCCAGCGCGGCAAACAUUGCGUCGCACUGGAAGCAGGUGGGUGACAUUGCACUCGAGCAGGGCUCCUUUGAGAUGGCAAUCGAGUCCCUGGAGAAGUGCAACGACUGGAGCGGGCUGCUGCUCAUCUACACGUCCCUCAACGACAUGGAGGCUAUCUCGCGCCUUGGCGACCGCUGUCUGCAAAGCGGACAAGCCAACCUGGCCUUCACCUGCUACCACCUCACCCAACGUCAUGCUGAGUGCGUGGAGCUGCUGCAAAAAACCUGCAAAACAGGCGACGCCGCUUUCUACGCCCGCACCUACUACCCGAGCCUCAUCGAGGACGCCGUGGCCAAGUGGAAGGUGUCGGUCGCCUCGAUCCCUCGCGUCAGCGAAGCGCUCGCCAGCCCGGCGGCCUACCCGAACCUGUUUCCGUCCCUGCGCAAUGUCGACUUAUCACCUGCAAAAGCACCCGAGGUUGACGCCCCUCUGAAUGCACAGCCGCCGCCUCCCGGUGCAUCCGCGUCGCUCCACGGCUCAUCCACCGCACCAACUGUUGCCGACUUGUUUCAGCCGACGGCAGACGCACCUCAGCAGUCUAUGCACGCCCCGCCACUCCUCGACAACGUGGGCAGCGCCUCCAGUGGGAUGGAGGAGCUGGCGGACGAAGAGGACGCAUGGGGAGAAGAUUAG